AUGGCGACCGAAAAAGACACCACGGAAAUUACAGCCGGAGAGGCCACAACCGCUUCUUCUCUCCAGUCGGCAGACAACGGAGUCGUCAAUAAUGCGGAUGGCAAACGCCCACCUCCGCUACUCGCCAAGCUGAUUGCCGUACUCCUCAUUUCGUGUAUUAGCUUCGGCUCGCACUGGAGCAGUGGCGUUACAGGCGCAAUGAAAAGUACCUUGAAAAAGGAAUUGCACAUCACAAACACCCAAUAUUCCCUUCUGACAGCAAGUGAGGACUUUAUGGCAACCGCUCUUCUUCUCGUUGGUGGUAUCGUCACGGAUCGAGUAGGAGGUGCUCGGAUGAUCGUAUAUGGAAAUGCCGUUUAUACCAUCGGCUCCAUCUUAGUCGCCGCUGCGACCACGGUUCGAUCCUUCAAGUUUAUGGUCGGUGGAAGGAUUAUCCUUGCCUUUGGGGACAUUGCAACCCAAACAGCUCAGUACAAGAUGUUUUCAUCAUGGUUCGCGCCAAGCAAUGGGUUCGCUUCCACUCUCGGCUUUGAACUGGCGAUUGGCAAGAUUGGAGGUUUCGUUGGAAAGUCAACGGCCAACAUUAUCGCCAAGAAUACGGGCAACUUCGCCUGGGUCUUUUGGACUUCUGUCUUCAUGAACCUGUUCACCAACGCCGCAACAUGCUUCUUCUGGGUGUUCAACCGUUACUGCGAUCGGAACUACCGGGGUCGUGAGGAUACUGCGACCCAGGAGACCCUGACUGAGAGGAACAAGAAGUUCGAGGUUCGCAAAAUGUUCCAGCUCCCGUGGAUGUUCUGGGCUGUCCUCGCCUUUUCGAUGUUCCAGACCAGCACUGCUAGCGUUUUCAGCUCGAACGCCACAGAAUUGGCAGAGAAACGAUUUAAUGUCGACGCGAUCAAGGCAGGAUGGUACAGCGCAUUGGCUCAAUAUGCUGUAUGCGUGUGCGGACUCGGCAUCUUCAUCAGUAUGGUGCUGGUGAACUUCGCCACAACCAGCCAAGGCACGGCGGCAGCAUUCGGGAUGUACGCGGUCGCGGUGUCCCUGGGUCCGACAUCAAUUAUCGACGGCAUUCGCACGACAUUGUGGCAUCAAUCCGUCUUUGGUACUGCAUACUCACUCAAGGUUACCAUGAACAACGCGAUGUCCAUCAUCAUUGGAAUCAUCACUGGUGCUCUCCAAGACGCCGAUAAUGAUUCUUACCGCCGAUCUGUGCGAGUUUAUCUUUUCCUAGCCAUUUGUUGCUCGAUCAUCUCCCUCCUUCUCCUAGCCGGCUCGAUAUUCGGCCGGAGCCUGGCUCCCUUGCAAUGGACCCGCAAGCAACGCCUGACCGUGGGGCCGGAGUUUAUUAGUGAGCUUCGGGAGUAUCAUCUGGGAACACACUACCAACGUAUUCCCAAACACCCGGCGCUUCACGUCAAGGCCUACCCGCCGAGAUCGCCGGGCAAAGACUUGAUGCCAAUGCGUCUUCCACUCGAAAUAAUCCAACUCAUCAUUGAGUCGAUUAUACCGCCAAACCCGCCAGUGGCCUAUCCUAUCUUUUCGGGAGAAAUCGACACGUUAGUUAACCUGACGUUUAUAGCCAGCCGGCUUCUGAUCAAUCACUGCCUUUUGAUCGACGAUGAGGACUUGUUGAAGCGCCUGCUGGAAUGCAAACCACCGGCCCUAAUUGAUCAAAGGUUGGUUGGGCCCGGCGCGGAUGUCCAGAAGAAUGUAAAUACUGGACUGGUACUGGCACUGCUCGAGCCCGAUAGGCCUACUGUUGCGCAACAUAUAGACACGCUGUCAUUCUAUCUCUGUCGCCGUCUGACCCGGCUCGUGAUCGAUUUACCGUUGCGCUUCUAUCAUCCCUCACUAGAUGGUAUUGAGGUCCGCCCAAUGCUCCGUAAGGCGUUCUUACGCUUGACGCAUUUGGAAGAAUUUUGCUCGGCCGCAGAUGAUCUCUGCCUUGACACACAAAGGCUGCCUUUCAUCUGGGAGACUCACUCGGAUCAGCUUCGGGGAGAAGACUAUGAACCGGCGGUUUGGUCACUAUGGCCUCGUCUGCGCCGCCUCGCACUGUGCGAGGUUGAUGUGACGUCCAUGCAAUUCAUCGACGGGCUCCGUCGGUGCUCCAACCUAACACAUUUGGUCCUCGUUGCGCCUUCUGGCUUGGACAGACCUGUCCGACCUGGUUGGCAGACAACGGACUUCCUGCCAUCACUCGAACGGCUUUUGAUUGUAGAUUCGGUCGAUGAGUUCGUGAUGGUUGGAGGCAAGGACAAUCUCGGAGAAGAUUCGGGGUUCGUGCGACAACUGUUCCAGUGCUACAAGUCCCGAGAGAAGGGAAAGCAGAAGGAGUGUAGCAAGGACGACACGGGUGUGGCCUUCGAAUCGCUCGUCAAGAAAAUCGCCUUUCCAGUGCCAGAGUACCGGAAGGGGGACGACGACAUCAUCUGCCAUGGAUGGCUUCUCGACGCGAGUAUAGACGGGACCAUCUGGACGGAGCCCUAUGGGAUCGGCAGGCGAUAUCUGACUUAUUCUUGA